UAUCACUGGUAAAUCCUUUUUAACACGUCACGUAUGUUACCGAAUAUCCUAUUAUCACGCAAAACGUGUUGGUAAAUGUUCUAAAACGACAUUCCCGUUUCUGCUUCAGCACACUCUAACGGGCCACUGCGGGAAGGUGAUGGCGGCGAAGUUUCUUGGCGAGCCUUCAAAAGUAGUUACAGGCAGUUACGACCGUACCCUAAAAAUUUGGGACCUGCGUAGCAAAGCGUGCAUAGAAACGAAGUUCGCCGGCUCCAGCUGCAACGAUCUCGUGACAUCCGACGGCGAGGGCUCGACGAUAAUUAGCGGCCACUUUGAUCAGAGAAUCAGAUUCUGGGACACCAGAGUAGAAUCGAGUUCAAACGACAUUCUACUCGAGGGGAAGGUCACAUCGUUAGAUUUAUCUCGUGAUGCAAAUUACCUUUUGAGCUGCGUCAGAGACGACACGCUGAAACUUAUCGACCUGCGGAUGAAGAAGAUCAUCGGAUCGUUUAGCGCGGACGGUUUCAAAGUCGGCUUCGACUGCACACGAGCCACUUUUAGCCCCGAUGGCCAGUACAUCGCGGUUGGCUCCUCGGACGGGUCCGUCUUCAUCUGGUCUGUCCUCACGAACACCAUCGAAACUAUCUUGAAAAAUCAUUCGGCCGUGGUGACAGCAGUAUCCUGGCAUCCUCAAGGCACCUAUCUCGCAUCGGUGGACAGGGCAAAAACGGUGACGGUCUGGGGCGAUCACGUUUGAUAGGACGAAUCGUCCCGAAACAGACGAUUGUUUCACGCACGAAGGUCGACGCGUUCUUCUGUGCCGAGGCGGACGUUUAUAACACGGCGUACGAGGGAGCGAGAGACUGCGAGGAGCGAAGAGAGAGGGAGGAGCGUACGUGUACAAAAAGAACGCGAGGAAGGGGGGGACGCGUGUACGCGCCCCGUUGGCACCACAAAGGACACACCAGUGCAGGAUAAUGAAAAUCAGCGGCCGGGGUCGGGGGCGCGCGGGCUGUAAAAGAUACCAUUUCGAGGCCGCGGGAAGCGAAACCGCCGCGACGAACAGAUUCAAACGCGGCGGGAGCUAUUGUACAUAAAACUGCACUGAUUGUUUCCCCAAGGUUGUAAAGAUUUCUCUCCCGUAGGGUAACGCUCGCUCGCGCGCACCGACGACCGCCGGCCGCGGAACCGAACAAAUCAUCGUAGUCGCUCUUUUCGGAGAUUCCGCUAGGUACGCUCGUUCUAAUCGUAAGAGACUGUCCCCGCGAUUCAAUCGUCUGUGCCGGCAGACUCGAUCCUCCCCGUCGAUGGAGAAAGUAUCAAGCUGUUUUUCUUUCUUUUGUUUACUAUUCCAUUUCGUUCGUCUUUCCCGACGGACCGACGUCUCUGAGAGAUAUUAACCCCUUCCGCUCGCGCGGCUGUCAGCGCGUUCGGCGCUUGAUCAUAAUGUUUACCGCCGAACGUCUCGUAUAAUCUGGGUAAUGGGAUCUAAUGAGAUAACUCCGACGGUGGAUUCGCGUGUAAUUUCUCUGGACGUUGAGUACGAGAAACGUUGGCGAUGUUUCGUCGGGAAACGAUGGAUAUUUAUUGGUAGUGGGGAAUCUUGGAGCUGAAAGGGCUAGCCCUCCUGUACUGUUCAAAUAAUCGCUGGAGUCAAUCGUUGAUCUUAACUCUCUAGGCCCGUGUGACCUUGACGUCACGUGUCAGUAUAUUGGCGUCUUUUUGAUUUAUUUCAUUUUGCACUCGUUUAUAAUAUAUUUGUUUGAUGAAAUUAUUGAAACUAUCGAAUACAUUGUUAAUUUGUGUUCAUAUGUGGAUAUUUAUUAAUUCUGUACUGCAUAG